GCAGCGCCCGUCUCUGCGCGCUUCUCCGGGCGCCCGGGCGGAGCGGUGGGGGGCGGUGAUGGCGGGGCGCGACCGGGCGCGCUGAUGAACGAGCGGACGGAGAGCGAGGGGAGGAGGGCACCAUGCGCUCUCUGAACAUCACCCCGGAGCAGUUCGCGCAGCUCCUGCGGAACAACAACGUGACGCGAGAGCAGUUCAUCGCCCUGUACGGGCUGCAGCCGCUGGUGUACGUCCCGGAGCUGCCGGGCCGCACCAAGGUGGCCUUCGUCCUCAUCUGCGCGCUCAUCUUCGCCCUGGCGCUUUUCGGCAACUGCUUGGUGCUCUACGUGGUGACCCGCAGCAGGGCCAUGAGGACCGUCACCAACAUCUUCAUCUGCUCCCUGGCGCUCAGCGACCUCCUCAUCGCCUUCUUCUGCGUCCCCUUCACCAUGCUGCAGAACAUCUCCUCCGAGUGGCUGGGCGGUGCCUUCGCUUGCAAGAUGGUACCAUUUGUUCAAUCCACUGCCAUUGUAACUGAGAUUCUUACAAUGACCUGCAUCGCUGUGGAAAGACACCAGGGAAUUGUGCAUCCACUAAAAAUGAAAUGGCAGUACACCAAUAAAAGGGCUUUCACGAUGCUUGGCAUAGUCUGGUUGCUGGCUGUUAUUGUUGGGUCACCUAUGUGGCAUGUGCAACGGCUUGAGGUUAAAUAUGACUUCCUGUAUGAAAAAGUGCACAUCUGUUGCUUGGAAGAAUGGGCCAGUCCAACUUAUCAGAAGAUAUAUACCACUUUUAUACUUGUUAUACUCUUUCUUUUUCCAUUGAUAUUGAUGCUUUUCUUGUACACUAAAAUUGGUUAUGAACUCUGGAUUAAGAAACGAGUGGGAGAUGCUUCAGUUCUUCAAACCAUUCAUGGGAGUGAAAUGUCUAAAAUAUCGAGGAAGAAGAAGCGAGCAAUUGUUAUGAUGGUGACAGUGGUGUUUCUCUUUGCAGUCUGUUGGGCCCCUUUCCACAUUAUUCACAUGAUGAUGGAAUACAGUAACUUUGAAAAGCAGUAUGAUGAUGUGACAAUCAAAAUGAUCUUUGCAAUCGUUCAAAUCGUGGGAUUCUUCAAUUCUAUUUGCAACCCUAUUGUGUAUGCUUUCAUGAACGAGAACUUCAAGAAAAAUUUUCUAUCUGCCAUUUGCUUCUGCAUUGUCAAAGAAAAUGCAUCACCAACAAGGCAAGUUGGGAACUCAGGGAUUACUAUGAGGCGGCAAAAGGCAAGUGAUUCUCAGAGAGUUCCCACUGACUCGGAUGAGGCUAGGAGAGAGGCAUUCAGUGAUGGCAACAUUGAAGUGAAGUUCUGUGAUCAACCGUCUUCAAAAAGAAAUUUGAAAAGGCACCUCACUUUAUUCAGCUCUGAGCUUCCUGUGCAUUCUGCAAGCGUACAGUAGCAU